AUGGGGAAAGUGCAUUGGCCAGAAAAGCCCCUUAAUCAGACUGGACAACUCGGUCGCCAGGAGCUGGACCUCCCUACUGGGAAACCCCCUCCCAAUAGCUCCUACCCUAUCUGGGAGGACUUCAACUCGAAGGCCACAAAGCUGCACUCCCAGCUGAGGACCACCGUGCUGGCUGCUGUGGCCUUCCUAGAUGCCUUCCAGAAAGUGGCCGACAUGGCCACCAACACCCGAGGGGCCACGCGGGACAUCGGCUCUGCGCUCACCCGCAUGUGCAUGCGCCACCGCAGCAUCGAGACAAAGCUGCGGCAGUUCACCAACGCCCUGCUGGAGAGCCUCAUCAACCCGCUGCAGGAGCGCAUCGAGGACUGGAAGAAGUCUGCCAACCAACUGGACAAGGACCACGCAAAAGAGUACAAACGGGCCCGGCACGAGAUCAAGAAGAAGUCGUCAGACACUCUGAAACUGCAGAAGAAAGCGCGCAAAGAGCUACUUGGGAAAGGAGACCUGCAGCCGCAGCUGGACAGCGCCCUGCAGGAUGUCAAUGACAUGUACCUGCUGCUGGAGGAGACAGAGAAGCAGGCCGUGCGGCGGGCCCUGAUUGAGGAGCGGGGCCGCUUCUGCACCUUCAUCACCUUCCUCCAACCUGUGGUGAACGGUGAGCUGACCAUGCUGGGCGAGAUCACCCACCUGCAGGGCAUCAUCGACGACCUGGUGGUGCUGACUGCAGAACCGCACAAGCUGCCUCCCGCCAGCGAGCAGGUGAUCAAAGACCUGAAGGGCUCAGACUACAGCUGGUCCUACCAGACCCCGCCCUCGUCACCCAGCAGCUCCAGUUCCCGGAAGUCCAGCAUGUGCAGUGCCCCCAGCAGCAGUAGCAGUGCCAAGGGUGGCGGAGCCCCAUGGCCCGGGGGCGCGCCAUCAUACUCACCCGGUUCCACCUGUCGCUACCGCAGCCUGGCACAGCCAGCCGCCACCGCCACCACCCGCCUCUCCAGCGUCUCCUCCCACGACUCCGGCUUCGUCUCCCAAGACGCCACCUACUCCAAGCCCCCCUCACCCAUGCCUUCAGACAUCACCAGCCAGAAGUCCUCCAGCUCUGCGUCCUCUGAAGCCUCGGAAACCUGCCAGUCUGUGAGCGAGUGCAGCUCCCCGACCUCGGACUGGACCAAGGCCGGCCCCCAUGAGCAGCCCUUGGGCGCCACCCUACAGCGGAGGAAGGACCGAGUGGAACUCCUCCGGGACACAGAGCCGGGCUCCGCGAGUGGAGGCCCGCUGGGCCCCAGUGGGGAGGAGGCCCCGCGGCCCCGCAUGUCCCCUGCCACCAUCGCAGCCAAGCAUGGUGAAGAGGUGUCCCCUGCGGCCAGCGACCUGGCCAUGGUGCUGACCCGCGGCCUGAGCCUGGAGCACCAGAAGAGCAGCCGGGACUCCCUGCAGUACUCGAGCGGGUACAGCACGCAGACCACCACGCCCUCGUGCUCCGAGGACACCAUCCCCUCCCAAGGCUCAGACUACGAUUGCUACUCCGUGAACGGGGAUGCGGACAGCGAGGGCCCCCCCGAGUUCGACAAGUCAUCCACCAUCCCUCGCAACAGCAACAUUGCCCAGAACUACCGGCGCCUCAUCCAGACCAAGCGUCCAGCCUCCACCGCCGGGCUGCCCACCGCCGGGCUGCCCACCGCCUCCGGGCUGCCCUCGGGCGCGCCCCCUGGCGUAGCCACCAUCCGCCGCACGCCCUCCACCAAGCCCACCGUGCGCCGCGCCCUGUCCAGCGCUGGCCCCAUCCCCAUCCGGCCGCCGAUCGUCCCCGUGAAGACCCCCACGGUCCCCGACUCCCCUGGCUAUGCAGGGCCCACGCGGGCAGGCAGCGAGGAGUGUGUCUUUUACACAGAUGAGGCGGCCUCACCCCUGGCGCCGGACCUCGCCAAGGCCUCCCCCAAGCGCCUCAGCCUGCCCACGGCCUGGGGCAGCCCGUCCCCGGAUGCCGCCAGCUACCCGGGGGUGGGAUCUGGGCUGGCCGCCGAGGACGACGAGCAGCAGCUGGCCGCCAACCGGCACAGCCUGGUGGAAAAGCUCGGGGAGCUGGUGGCCGGUGCCCACGCCCUGGGCGAAGGUCAGUUCCCCUUCCCCACAGCCCUGUCAGCCACCCCGGCCGAGGAGACGCCCACCCCGCCCCCUGCUGCCACCAGCGACCCCCCGGCCGAAGACAUGCUGGUGGCCAUCCGCCGAGGGGUCCGGCUGCGCAGGACCGUCACCAACGACAGGUCGGCACCCCGCAUCUUAUGAUGGCGCCACCCUCCCCCACCCUGUGUGGCCCUGAUGCGAGCAAGUGGCCUGGUCUGUGACAGCGGCCACUCGGAGCCAUAGCACAGCCCGGAGUGGAGUCCACGCCAGGGACGAGGCAAAGCCACUCCAACCCAGGCUGGACGCGACGUCCUUCACACACCUCGCCAGGGUGGAGCCUGCGGGCCUUUAACUGGUUUUAGAGCCUGUUUUAUACUUUCCCUGCCUAGUCUGUUCCUCCUCUUCCUCCCUGCAGACCCUGCCUCAUGGAAACCCUGAGCCCAUGAGCAAGGGCUAAGCCAGCCUUCCUCAGCCUCCCCAGUCCCGCCUGGCCUGGGGUCCCCAGAGCCACGGAGCCCCAGAUCCUUGAAUGCUGGCUCCCCACCCCUUCCCUGCCUGAGCCCCCGGCCUCCAUUUCCCUUCUCCCUCAUCCCUGCCUCUCCAAGCUCCUCAUCACGUGGGGGACAGGGUGGCUGGGGAGCGGCUGGUCCCCCCCCACAAGGGACUAAGUCUAAUUGGUGACUCGGGUUAGGGGAACAGGUUGGUUUUAGGACAGGCUCCCCUGUGGGGAAGGGAGCGGAGAGGCCCAAAAGAGGGAUCGUGGGGGAGGAAAUGUAGGGGUGCGUCGGGAAGGUUUGAGGGACCCUCCAGCUUUCCUGCCCUGUAAAGUGCCAGGCAGAGCACAAAGAAGAACCUAGAAGGGCAUGGGGCCACAGGGCCAGCCGCCAUGCCGAGGGGCUGUUCCGGAAGGCCCAUUGUCUGGGUACACUGAGACCUUCACUGGUGGCAUUUGGAGGCUGGAGCAGGAAAGGAUGUGGGGGGGUGUAGGGGGGUAGGGGGGAGUAUUUUAUGACCAUAAUAAAAUGGAACUGACCCCGGACAAGGACUGGGGGGGGCGGGUAAGCCGGUGGAACAGGGUGUGUGUCUUUGAGUGCCUGAGAGACAGAUGGAGGCCUUCUGGGCCUGUGGCAGGAGGAGAAGGAUGGGAUUGGACCCCCCAAAGCCGGGGGGCCACCCUUGUUCCCUCCAACGUCUUGAGUGUAGUCAGGAGACUGGGCAGGGCGGGGCCGGGGCUGCCCGCCCGUGUCUGGCACUGAGUCCGGGGAGAUUGGCUUGGACUCUGUUGCCAGAGGAGAUGCCACCCUGCAGUGGUUCCCACUGCGGGCCUGGCGCUGGCUGGCAGGGGAGGGGGGAGGGGGGCUGCCUCCCACUCCACGCCCCCGAGUCCCGCCAAACCUGAGCAGGUCAAAGCAUGUGAGCCUAGGGCAAGAGGAGGGAGUGUGCGGCGGCCACAGGGUAGCGAGGAAGCGGCGGGACUCCGGGGGCUGUGACCCUGGGGUCUGGAGAGCGGCUUGCCUUGGUCUGGAUGGAGUGCGUCCGGGCUGGUCCAGGCUUGAGCUCCCGGGCGCUCAUGUGCCAUAAACUGGGACGUUGGCAGGCCAGCCAGGUGCAUGCGACGUCCCAGAGAUUCCUUUGCGGAAGGCGUUCCCCCCACCACCACGCAGGGCUCCCCAGGCUGCUAGAGAGCGGGGCGCAGCACAUCUGUAGGUCUGAGAACCGCUCAGCUGAGUGCCUGGCCCACCAGACUCAGAAGGUACCAGAACCCUCAGAUGUGGGGGCCAGAGGAGCAGGUGGUUAGUUUGGGGAUCCCGGGGGUGGAUUUUCAGCUGCACUUUGCCUACCCCAGGGCCAUGGAGGGGGGGGGUCCCCAGGAGGGCUGAUGGAGAACUGAGACACGGGAUGUGUGAGGGGUGGCAGGGGUGUGGCUGGGCCUGGCGGGGGGGGGGUCCCCCCCACAGGAGAGAACUCACUGCUUUUGGCUCCUGCUGGGAAGGGAGGCUGGGCUGGGGCCCCCCGCCCCCCCCAAGUCUGUACAUACUCCACCCACCCCUGCUCCCCUGUCGUGACCACCUCGUCCCCCACCCCCUCGGGAUCCGAGCCGCCAUCCCACAUCUCACAGACUUUGGUUUGGGGGAACUUAUUUACAUUCAUUUUAUUUUUCGUUUUGUACAGAGAAAUAUUCUUUUCAGAAGCGUCUUUUGACUGAAGUAACUUUUCUGGUGCUGUUGUUAACUUGUUCCUUUUUUUUUUUUAAUUUAUUUUCCCACCCCAAGGCCUCUCUCCUUGGUUCCUACUUACCCUUUCUCCCUCACCCCUACCCCCAGUCCUCCCUCCCCCUCCCCCCUUCUCCCUCCAUCCCAUCUGGACCAUU